GAAUUCCCAGUCUCGCGGGUAACGUCGCCCGUAAAAUGUGGUUCCAUAUGGAUCUGGCUUCAGAUAAGACGUCCCAUUGACGGACUCCUGGGCCUCCGCGUUAUCAUACCUAUCUACCUAGUAGUUUACCCCGGACUGGGUAGCGUGGCGUGGUCAGGGUUGUCGAGAUAAUGACCAAUUGGCAAUGAGACAUUAAAGGAGUUAUCCCUCUCUUCAGAGAGACGGGAAACCCUUGGAGAAGUAGUAGAGAGGCUUCAUCUUUGGAUCUCUCCUCUUUCUCAGGAUCACCACUCUCACCUUGUCUAAGUCUUUGUUUUCGAAGUUCCCCGCCUACAUCGACAACAAUGGCCGAGAAAGUGUCCAAAGACAUCAAGGUCGCCGAGGAUGGCCUCGAGCCGACAAAGUCCUUCACGGCGGGCGAGGUCGCCCACCUCGACGAGUCCGAGGCCUUCCUCCAGGAGAACAACAUCACAGAAGAGUACCUCGCCGAGCUCGUCAACGACAAGGAGAAGAACCGCCGCCUGGUCCGCAAGAUCGACCUCAUGAUUCUCCCCCUCCUGGCCGGCACCUAUGUCUUGCAGUACAUUGACAAGCAGGCGCUGUCCUACGCCGCCGUCUUUGAUCUCUUCUCCAGCACGAGCGUCACCCAGACCGAGUACUCGUGGUUUGCGAGUAUCUUUUACCUGGCCUACCUGGUGGCCGAGUACCCAUGGGUCUACAUUGCGCAGAAGACGCGCAUGGGCAAGGUCGUGGCGGGAUGUGUUUUGUCGUGGGGUUCCGUCUUGAUGAUCACGGCUGCGUGCUCCAACUUCCCGGGACUUGCUGCGUGCCGUUUCCUGCUUGGAGUUUUUGAGGCGCCCAUCACGACGUGCUUCAUGAUGAUGGUUUCCAUGUGGUACGUGCGAUCCGAACAGCCCAUGCGAGCUGGACUCUUCUACUGCUGCAACGGUGUCGGCAGCAUGCUCGGCGGCGUUCUCAGCUAUGGCAUCGGCCAAAUCGACUCUUUCCCCGUCUGGAAAGCCGUUUUCCUCAUCUGCGGCGGCAUCACCGUCAUAUGGGGCGUUCUGCUCCUCGUCUUCCUCCCAGACAGCAUUCUGAGCGCCAAGAGAUUCUCCCUCGAAGAACGAGCCCUCCUCGUCGGCCGCGCGCGUCUCGCAAAGACGGGCGUCCUCAACAAGACGAUCAAGUGGUACCAGGUCAAGGAGGCAUGCCUCGACCCCCAGGUCUGGCUUCUGACGCUCUUCGUUCUGCUUAACGAGGUCAUCAACGGCGGCGUGGCCAACUUUGGCAAGCUCAUCAUCAAGGGGCUCGUCACUGACCCGCUGUUGACCACGGCGCUGGGAAUCCCGCAGGGCGCGUUCCAGGUCUUUUGGAUUCUCACGGGCGCCUACACCGCGUCCAAGUUCCGUAACCAGCGCACGACCGUCAUGGCGGUGUGGCUCAUCCCCACCAUCAUCGGCUGCUGCAUGAUCUGGAAGCUGGAUAGAACGCACUACAAGGUCGGCGUCCUGUUUGGCUACUACAUGAUUGGCUGCUACGUCGCUUCCCUUGUCCUGGCCCUGCAGAUGCCGGCGACGAACCUCGGAGGAUACACCAAGCGUAUUACGGCCUCGGCCAUUGUCUUCACGGCGUACUGCGUGGGUAACAUUAUUGGGCCUCAUGCGUUUUUGGCCAAGGAGGCGCCGUUGUACGCGACUGGGUGCAAGCUUAUCCUCGCGUGCUCGGCUUCGCAGGUGGCUAUCGCUGUCGGGUUGCGGUUGCUGCUCAUUCGCCGUAACAAGCAGAGAGAUGCUGCUGCGGCGGCGGCUGGUAUCUCGCCUGAUGCUGAGCACGAUGAUGAGGGAGUCGAUUUGACUGACAAGGAGAACCCCAACUUCCGUUAUGUAUUGUAAGAUGUCUUAGAGCGGGACCUGUUAUGAAGAUGACUAUAGACAAGAAUCUGUUUAGAAGAGCGACAAUUAU